UUUUAGUUUAACAUGUCACUUUUAUUAAUGUUGCAUUUGCACCACAAGUUGCUGCUUGCACCCUGUUUCAAUAAUUGUUUUAUCUUUACCUCUUCUUGUUUUGUUCUUUUACUUUUAGGGAGUCUAUUAAAUUAUCUGGUCUGAUAUCUGUCUAAUAAACACAUAAAGAAAAAAGAGACAAGAAAGAAAGAGGAAGAAAAGGAAGAGGUGGAGUCUGAUGAGAUCUACAGAGUAUUUCCAAAUCAAGCCCUCAUGUUAUUAAAACUAAUCCGUCCAUGAGACACUGCACUGGUCUAUCCAGCACGCAGAUGGUGGCUGAACAAAAGCUUCACUCCUGUGAGUCAGCAGAUGUUUACUUUUUGGACUGUUUUCUCACGAUCUCUUUAACCACUUUAUCAGGAAUUAUUCAACUCGUUGGAAAGCUGGACAAUCAUGGCCUCCACGCCUCCACACAACUUCUCCUGGGUCGAUCCAAACAAAGUGGCCGGACUGGCCCUACCCAGGAUGCCAUGUGAAUACCGCUACCUGCUGGACAACGGCAUCAAACACCUGGUUUGCCUGUGUGAGAGAAAACCACCUCACCAUGACACGUGCCCAGAGUUGAAGCUGCACCACAUCAAGAUAGCGGACUUCACGUCUCCUUCACUGAGUCAGAUCGAAAGAUUUCUCUCCAUCGUGGAGCAGGCCAACGCCAAGGGGGAGGGUGUGGGAGUACACUGCAUGCAUGGACAUGGCAGAACAGGUACCAUGCUGGCCUGCUACCUGGUGAAGACGAGGAAGCUAUCGGGCAUUGACGCCAUCAAUGAGAUCCGCAGGCUGCGACAGGGCUCGAUCGAAACUCACGAACAAGAGAAAGCUGUGGUACAGUUUUAUCAGCGCACAAAGUAGCUUUCACACAGGUAACUGUUCUGCUUCUGAGAGGAGGCAGAGGUAGCACAAGUUUUACAGUUGAUAAGCUUAAAACCUCGAUCAUAUUGCCAAAUGAACUCUUUAUUAUCUAGAAUUUACAAUACUACACACUACAACUACAGUGAAUACAUCCUCACACUGUCAUUAACAUGGUACUGUAUACUGUCCUUUUGCUAUCACAUCAUUACUUCUGUUUAUGUGAACAUGUUGCUCCUUCGAAGUUUCUGUUUACAAGGCUUUAACCUUUAUUUAAGCACUGGACGCCAGAGAGAAGAGACGCUGACGCUCCUUGAAUGUGAGCUUCUCAGGAGCCGACGCUCUCUUGAUUUUCUCCUCCUGGCUUCUGUAAAUAAACACUGAUAUUAGCAGGAAUACUUGAAUAGUACUAAUGGGAAUUCAUGUGUGGGGUCAUAAACAGUAGCUUGUGCUGUUUUAAAACUAUAUUUAUAGAGUGUAUUUUACUCAGGGAUCUCUUUCAUACACUUUGAAAGUUUUUGGAAGGAUAAAUUGCUGUUAUGUCUCACUGUUUUAAAAGCAAACUUAAUUCAGAGGCUUGUGGGGACCGUACACAACUGUGUACGGAUAUAUAUGUGUCAUUAAAGGAAUACUUCACCCACACAAUGACCAUUUGCAUAUCAGUUACUCACCUUUUGCUACCAUGAAUUGUUGAAGAAAAAAAAGUAUGCCCGAUACUUCCCAAACGCAUUCAUUUUCACUGAAACAUGAUUUAAAGCACUUCUGCCUACUAGCAGCAUGCCCUGAGUGUGCCUGAGCAUGCUACUCUGCCAUUCAUGAGACAUUUUGUACUGACGUGUUUAAAUCCUGUUUAAGGCCAGUUGCAUGUGUUUGGGAAGUCCUGAGCAUACGACUGGAUAAAUGAGGCUUGGAUUAUAUUGCACAAGUUGUGUGAGAGUUUCGAUAUACUUCUGCAGUUAUUAAAUGUGGUCUCCAUUUACUUCA